AUGAAGUUCUCUCAAGCAGCCGUCCUCCUCCUGGCCGGCUUCGCCGCAGCCGCACCCACUACUUCUGACGCCCUCCGCGGCCACCAGCGCCAGCGAAGAGCCAACGGUGGUCAGGGCAGCGACCUCAUCGCCCAGCUCCAGAGCACCUUUGACAGGAACAACCCGAACGGCACCCCCGCCGCCGCCGGAGAUCCCGCAGACCUCAACGGAGAUGGCGUGAUCAACGUCUUCGAGGCCGGUGCUCAGGCCAGCAGGCUCAAGCUCAGACGCGGAAAGGGCAAGAAGCAGCAGGCCGCGGGCAACGACGACGAUGCCGCCGAUGCCGCUGAUGGCAACGAUGCUGCGGACGCCGCUGGCAACGCUGACAACGCUGAUGCUGCUAACGGCAAUGCGGACAACGCUGCGGAUGCUGGCAACGCCGGCAACGCAGCCGCCGGCAACGGUACCGCAAACGCCGGCGGUGCCGCUGCUGGAGGCAAGAAGCAGAAGGCCAAGGCCGCGAAGGCAGCAAAGGCAAAGGGCGCGAAGGCCGCCGGCAAGAACGCGGCUGCAAAUGGCGGAGCUGCUGCCGACGCCGGCAACGCAGCUGCAGGCAACGGUACCGCGAACGCUGGUGGCAAUGCCGGAAACGCUGGAAACGCGGAUGCUGGUAACGCCGCUGAUGAUGCUGCUGAUGAUGCUGCUGAUGACGCCGCCGAUGACGCUGCUGGCAACGCUGGCAACGCUGACAACGCCAACGCGGGAGGCAAGAAGAACAAGAAGGCCGGCAAGAACAACAACAACAACAACGCUGGUAACGCUGCGGACGCUGGAAACGCUGCUGAUGAUGCUGCUGAUGGCAACGCCGCCGAUGGUGCUGCUGGUGGUAACGCCAACGAUGCCCAGGACGGUGCCGCAGACAACGCAGACAACGCAGACAACGCAGACAACGCAGACAACGCAGACAACGCAGACAACGCAGACAACGCAGACAACGCAGACAACGCAGACAACGCAGACAAUGCAGACAACGCGGACAACGCGGACAACGCUGCUGACAACGCGGACAACGCUGCUGACAACGCUGCUGGAGGCAAUGCCGGAAACGCUGCCGGUGGCAAGAAGAACAAGAACGCCGGCAACCAGAACAACGCCAACAACGGUGCCGCAGACGACGCCGCAGACGAUGCUGCCGGUGGUGCUGCUAACGGAGAGGACGCCGCGGAUGAUGCUGCCGGCGGUGCUGCCGGUGGAAACGCGGGCACCAACAACGAGCAGCAGGGCAACAACGAGCAACAAGGCGAGAACCAGGACGGCGCUGCUGGCAAUGCCGCCAACGCCAACGCUGGAGCCAACGGCAAGGCGGCGAACAAGGCCGCCAAGAACGCUCAAGCGCGCCGUUUUCUCCACAGGAUCUUUUAG